CUCGAGCACCGUCGCUCGCAGCGACGCGUUAGAGAUCAGUGAAACCUGCGUGUGCGCUUUGGUCCCUCCGCUGCCUGCCUGCCUCCAGUAGUGGCUACGUGUAAUUCCAAGGGAAAAUGGCAGAUAGAAAAAAUAAUAAUGUUGCUAACACCGGGGCAAACUUACUGUUCAGCGGCGCUCCGGAGUUUAACUUCAACUUGCCUUUCAUGCCGGUGAGCCAGGCCACUGGCACGGCGGUGCUGUCAGGAGAUGAUUCCACCGACGUGGGAGAGGAGGACAGCUUUCUGGGUCAAACUUAUGGGAAUGGACCAGCCCCCUCUACGUUCAACUACUUCUCCAGCCCCGUAACCAGCAGCGAUCCAUUCGCAUCCAUUGGCCAGUUGCCGUACCAACCACCGGCCCUUUCAGCAGCUCCCACGACAAUGGGCCCGGCUGCUGUUCCCAGCAGCGUCGGCAUGGCUCCACCGCCGCCGACGCCGCCGAUGCACACAGGCUCACAAAUGAACCCCGCUCCUCUGGCAUUUGGCGGUGCAGUUUACCAGAGCCAUAUGGGCCGCCACACUCCUCCGCCCGCUGCUAUGACCCCACCUCCUCCCCAGAUGCAGCCACAGAGUCACAACCCCUACCGACACACCCCCACCAGCAGCAGAGCCAGUCCGUAUAUUCCAGCUCCAGAGGUCCUGCCGCCGAUGCACACACCUCAGCAGAAUCCAUAUUCUCUCGGCUCUCCACCACAGACAUUCCCUCCGCCAGGCCCAGCAUUCACACAGCCUCCCCCCACACUGUUCCAAACACCACCACCUCCACCCACCACUGCCGGAGCGAUAGUCCCAGCAGGUCCAAUGAUGCCGUACAACUACAAUAUCUACGAAGCUGUUCAGCCUCAUUGGUUCUACUGUAAGCAAGUGGAGUCAAAGAGCGUCUGGCUUCCGUUCAGUAUCAUUGACUCUCUUCAGCUAGAGGAGACGUACAACUCAGUUCAGCCAGACCCUGAAAAUGUGAUAGUGCGAACAGAUGGAGGACGUUACGACGUGCAGCUCUACGAUCGCAUGCGCACUGCGGUGUUCUGGGAGGAGGAGCCUACAGAGGUCCGCCGCUGCAGCUGGUUCUACAAAGGGGACACGGACAGUCGCUUUAUCCCCUAUUCUGAAGAAUUUAGUGACAAGCUGGAGGCAGAAUAUAAGAAAGCCGUAUCUACCAACCAGUGGCACCGUAGACUGGAGUUCCCAUCAGGAGAAACAAUUGUCAUGCACAAUCCAAAGGUGAUCGUGCAGUUUCAGCCCUCCUCCAUUCCAGAUGAAUGGGGCACAACUCAGGACGGGCAGACCAGGCCCAGAGUGGUGAAGAGAGGGGUAGAUGAUGACCACGAUGAAGUGCCUGAUGGCGAGCUCCCCAAGGUGGAUCAUCUUGUAUUCAUGGUUCAUGGAAUCGGUCCUGUGUGUGACCUGAGGUUUAGGAGUAUGGUCGAGUGCGUGGAUGACUUCCGUAGCGUGUCGCUGAAGCUGCUGCACAGUCACUUUCAGAAAUCGGUGGACGAGCACGCCAUCAGCAGGGUGGAGUUCCUACCGGUCCAGUGGCACACGUCUCUACACGGAGACGCCACCGGCGUGGACAGGAGGAUAAAGAAGAUCACCUUGCCCAGCACUGGACGGUUACGUCACUUUACAAAUGAGACUUUAUUAGAUGUGCUUUUCUACAACAGUCCCACUUACUGCCAGACCAUCAUGGACACAGUUGCCCUAGAGAUUAAUAGACUUUAUGCCCUGUUCAAGACGAGGAACCCGGACUACAGAGGAGGAAUGUCAGUGGCUGGACACAGUUUAGGUUCCCUGAUCCUCUUUGACCUGCUUUCAAAUCAGAAGGAUGGCUCCCUUGCGACGCCCACGCCAGUCAUGCACGCUUCUAAUGGUGACACCAAACAGGUGGCAACCCCCGUCGCACAGGAAAGUAACACCAUCGCUCCUCCGGCUGUGGAAGAGGAGGCUAAAGAAGAGGAAGAGGAGUGUGAAGAUCUCUCCACUAUGCUGGAAAAUCUCGGCCUGUCCGAGUACAAGAGCACUUUUGACGAGGAGAAGAUUGAUCACGAAUCUUUUCUCAUGUGCACGAUUGAGGACCUGAAGGAAAUGGGAAUCCCACUGGGUCCCAGGAAAAAGAUCGCCAAGUUCGUCAAAGAAAGAGUGAAUAAGCAGGAGAAGAAAGCAGAGGUCAAAGAGGUGAAUCAGGUUUUAGCUGCGCCUCCAGCAGCUGAAGCUCUCCCUGAUCCUGCAGUGAAGACACUUCCUGUGGGCAACACUGUCUCCUCCAUCCACGUCAACUACAAUUACUUUGAAGUUGGUACUGGACAGGUGUCAGUGGUCUACCAUGCUCUGGACUUUGAGCCGGUGAAUUUCUUCGCGUUGGGUUCUCCUAUCGGCAUGUUCCUGACGGUCCGAGGCCUGGAGAAGAUCGAGGAGACGUACCAGCUGCCCACAUGCAAGAGAUUCUUCAAUAUUUACCAUCCGCUGGACCCAGUGGCAUACAGGGUCGAGCCCCUCAUAAUACCAGACCUGGAGCUGAAGCCUGUUUUGAUUCCUCAUCACAAAGGAAGGAAGAGGCUUCAUCUUGAGCUGAAGGAGAGUCUCUCCAGAAUGGGCUCGGACCUGAAGCACGGCUUCAUCAGCUCGCUGAGGAGCGCCUGGCAGACGCUCAACGACUUCGCCCGAGCUCACACCUCGUCCGCCCAGCUGCAGGCUGAACUGGCCAUGGUGGCCAAUCAAAUCCAAGAGCAGGAGAUGCAGGCGGAGGAGGAGAAUAAGAUCUUCGAGGGUCCCGAGCCACAAAGAGAGGAGGAGCCUCAGGUGAAGAUCGGGAUGUUGAACGGAGGGAAUCGCAUCGACUACGUCCUGCAGGAGAAGCCCAUCGAGAGUUUCAACGAGUACCUGUUUGCCCUCCAGAGUCACCUCUGUUACUGGCAAUCCGAAGACACCACUCUGCUGAUUCUCAAAGAGAUCUACAGCACCAUGGGGAUCCAUCCAGAAAACAUUGCACAUUAACACACUGAAGUAUCCUGGAUGAGAAGGAAUCCGUCUGAAACUUUCCCAUUAGAUUUAUUUCAUGUCAGUUCUGGAUUCUGAUUAUGCUUUUUCUAUUUUUCUCCUCUCUUUUACUCUAUCAAUGUAGUUUAUUGUAUACAGAUGAAUAAUGCGACUGUAUUAUGCCAUUUGUCUUAAAUUAAGAAACAUACAAAUGAGCUAGAGACACUUGACGUGUUUAUUAACUUUUUAUAGUAUAAAUUAUAGAACUGGUCAAGUUUACAGAAAGUGUGUAUCAAUGAAUCAAAUGGCAACUGCAGAAAUGACAUAGCAGCAGUUAAUGCAGAAAUUUGAUUUCAUGGCCAAAAUGUCAAAUAAAUCAUUUUCCUUGCGCAA